CUUUCUAUUUAGUGCAAAUCUUAGAUCUCCCGCAACCCUUUCUCUCAUAAGCCAAACAACAAAAACUUUCUAUUGAAUAAAAAGAGGGCUCAGAAAACCAAAGGGGUAAGAAAAGAAAGAAGAUAUGUCACACCACAACACCCCUACCCUGUCCUUCCAAUAAGGUUCUGAACCAAACUGGGUCUUCGGGUGCUGCUGUUUACAGUGUGGUUUCGGAGUCAGGUUCGGGCUUUGUUGUGAAAUUGGUGUGCGUUAAGCAUUUAGAUGCAUUGUUUAGAGGCAUGCUUGGGCUUCACUAAUGGAAAGAAUGCAAGAAGUGUAUGAUUCGCCAGAUAACCUUAACAAGUGGUGGCAACCAUAGGCGGAUUCAGGAUUUGAACUUUAUGAGUUUGGGAUUCUAGAACAACGACCACAAGUGCUAAUAAUUGGGGUCGGAAUUUAAUAUUUGUACAUAUUUGGUGGAUUUCUUAACACAUAUACAGGGUCUGGACCAAAAUUAUAGGGUUCGGCCCAACCUAUAUUGUACAUGUACAUCCGUACUGGUGACAACCCUCUUGAUCAGAACGAGUGAACUGUGCUAAGGCAAUAAUACAAAGAGUGAAGUGAGGAAGUGUGAUUGGCUUUUGGGUGGGGUUCAAAUGGAGCUUGAGCUGGAUUUGAGGGAGAUUUUAAUGAAAAUUUCAAAUGAAAACAACAAAGAUGAGGAAUGUGCAAAUGUUGAUUCGGCGAAAAGUGAGUUUCAUGCUGCAGCUGAUGAACAGCUGUGUAAUGGUAUUGAGGCUGAUGAUUUUGUUUUCAUUGAUAGACACUCUAAGAAAAUUGAUGGAACGAUAAAUCUGGACCUCAAUGAAUGUAUAGUUGAGGGUGUUGAUGAAAAGAGCAGUGUUGGUCGCGAUGACAAACAUUUGGAGUUUGUUAGUGGAAGACGAAGUGAUGAUUGUGGCACAGAUGAAAUUGCGCUAAUGAAGUCAAGUGUGGUUAGGGAAGAUGAGAACAAUAGGAAGAGGAAACGAGAGUCUUACACGGACUUGCUGAGGUGGGUUACUAAUGUCGCGAAAGAUCCUUGUGAUCCUGCCAUCGGGUCUUUGCCAGAAAGGUCUAAGUGGAAGUUUUACGGGAAUGAUGUAAUCUGGAAGCAGGUUCUGUUGCUGCGAGAUGAAAUGCUUUUGAAAAAGAGUGCAGAUACAAGUGCUCAGUGCUCGAUAUGGCAGAAAAAACAGAAGAUGCAUCCAUCUAUGUAUGACGAUGCUGCUGCUCUUGAGAGAGUGAGAUGCAGCCAGCGGGUCCUAGUUGCUAAAAAUCCUGUAAAGAAAGCGCUUUUUUCAGGGUCAUCAUCCUCAAGUUCUCCAAGUGAUGAGGAUCCAAUUGAUGGACCUGCUGAUUCUUCUACAGAGUCAGGCGUUGGUCUUUUGUGGAACCAGCGGCGAAAGCGAAUACCAGUUGGACCACAGUUUCAAGCAGAUAUUCCUGAAUGGAGGCAGGAGAAGUGUGAAAGUGACUCCAAAUGGUUGGGCACCCGAAUCUGGCCACUAGACAAACUAGAAAAAAACAGAAUACUAAUCGAAAGAGAUCCUAUUGGAAAAGGAAGGCAAGAUACAUGUGGCUGCCAAUACCCGGGUUCUUAUGACUGCAUCAAGUUUCAUCUUGCUGAGAAACGGAGGAAGGUUAAACUUGAGUUGGGAUCAGCCUUUUAUCAUUGGAAAUUUGACUUGAUGGGCGAAGAAGUUGCACUUUCUUGGACGAAAGAAGAAGAAAAGAAAUUCCAGGAUAUAGUGAAAUUGAACCCUUUGUCGACAAACAUGAGUUUUUGGAAUGAAAUAUUCAAGAUCUUUCCUAACAAAAGUAGGGAAUCUUUGGUCAGCUACCACUUUAAUGUCUUUCUUUUACGGCGCAGAGGUCACCAGAAUCGGACGAAUGCAAGUAUUAUCGACAGUGAUGAUGAUGAACCAGAGUACGGACCUAGAACUAAUUGUUUUGGGAGGGAUUCUAAAUUCUCUAUCUUUUGUUCCCCAAGGAAAGAUCAUCUAGAUUCGAGAUAGUAAUUGAAUGUUUAUAUGCCACGGCAUUGUUCAGAAGUGUAAAUGGCAGUUUUUGUUGUGCUUUUGCUAAUCAGCAGUUUAUAUCGGCAAAUUUUUUCUUCUGGCAGUUGCAAAGUGCAGAUACAUGAUACCAUCUGAAAAUUGUAUAUUUUGGGUUGGUGGAUAUUUUGGUUACAAGAAGGUUCAAGGAUAUCCUUUUCCUUACAUUUUUCAGCAUACACAGUUUCUCUAUUUUGUUAUUGUUCAAAACACUGAUUAAGAAUGUUAAUUUUACACUUCCUAUAGUUUGUAGCACUUGAAAGGAACAAAGUGAGCUUACUCAAAACUCAACAAAUUAAGUCUGCAAGUUUAUGUACAGUAACUAAUGUUAUGAUUUGGUGAUAUGGAUUUCUACA